AUGUUAUAUGAAAAUUUAUAUGAGUAAUUACAAGAAUGCUUGCCAGAAUAUUAAAGAUAGUUCGUUAUACAAAACUAUUAAAAUUUCUUAGAGGUUUCAAAAGAAAAAGAUCCUGUUUAUUAAUAGUUUGUAUCCCUAAUUGAUAAAUUUUAAUCAGCAUCAUCUUAAAUAGAAGUAAGAAUUUAAAUUGAGUGAAAGAUUAUUUCAAAAGAUAUUGAAAAUCUAAAAAAUGCUAAAGACAGAUGUUAAUAGAUGCUUGAGGAAUAAGUUACAAAAGAAUUCGAUAUUGUCGAGGAUAUCUAAGCUGAAGAUUAAUUGACAGAAAUGCUUGAUAAUUUAUCAAUGUUUACUUUUGAAAAAAAUUAUGAAUAAGCCAUAGAAAGCUUUAAACUACUCAAUGAAACAGUUCAAUUAAAGAAAUAUAUUAAAUUAAUAAAGAAGCCAGAAAUCAAGAGAUAAUUAGAUGAAGCAUUUAAAAGUCUUUGUUAAUCGAUAUAUAAUGAUUAUGUUAGUUAAAAUGCUUAAUUUGAUUCUUCUUAAUUAAUACAAUAUUUGAUGAUUUUAAAUUAAGUUGAAAUGUUAACGAAAGGUUAUUUGCAAAUUUAAUAAAAUAAAUUUACUGAUUGGAUAGAAUAAUAAACAUAAUCUAAUGAAAGGUAAGUUUAAUAAUUUAUAGGAAAUAUAAUAAAAAUAAAUCAAUAAUAUGAAUAAAUAUUUGGAGAGUAUCUAAAAAAGAAUCAAUUUUUAUUCUCUUUUAUAUCAUUAUGGAAUCAGUAGAUUAUUCAAAGCUUUUUUGAUAAAAUUUAAUAGUUCUUUUUCCAAGAUAUAGUUUCAUUUGAAGAUAUUUUUACAAAGUCUAAAACACUAUUGAAUACAUUUUAAUAAUAUUAAUCUAAAGGAAUAUCGAUAGAUUUUGAAAUUUAAAAGGAAUUAGCAAUUUAUAUUGAAAAUAAGAUAAAUGAAUUAUUUGGUAUUUAUGGUUAGAAAAUAAAUUAAUAUAUGCAUUUUAAUGAAAAAAAAUUGAUAAAAAUUGAAUUUAUGUCUAAUCUAUUAGAGAGUGAUAAAUUAUUAGAAUCAAAAGAAAUUGAAAUAUCAAAUAAGCCUCAAGAGAUUAAAUUAAAGGCCUCAGCUACUAUUAAAAGUACAUUUGAUUCUUUGAGUCAAGGAUUAUCAAUUAGUUCAUGUUUUUUUUGGAAUAUUGUAUUUAGAUUAGGAGACUCUGCUUUAAAUUUUUUUAAUCCAGAAUAAUAUUCAUUAUUAUCAACAAUGUUAAAUUAAUCUAUUUCUAAAUUAUUAAUUUUAUUCAUAAAAGAUUAUUAGAGUGCAAUAAAAGCAAAUAAAAAGGAAAAUUAAUCUUUGUUUGAAAUAGGAAAUUAUUUUGGAAAUUAUAAUUUAAAUAAUACUUUAAUUAAUUAUUUAUCAAUUAGAGCAUCAAAUUUACCAUUUUAAAGUAAUAGUGAAUGGAAAAAAGUGAUUGAAGAUUGGCUUGAUGAGUUAAAAUUAUCAAUGCAUCAACAUUUUAAAACAAAUUUAUUAUAGAUGUUGCCAUAUUUAAUAUGUGAACAUGGGAAGAUUUAUACAUAAAAGUAAUUGACUGUAUAAAAGCCAUCUUAAUUAUUUUUAAUGAUAGGAUAUUCAAUAAUGGAAUUGAAGAAUUAGUUUAUAUCAAAAAUACCUUAAGCACCUACACUUUAUUAUUUAGGAUCAUUAUGGGAUUAUACGAAAUAUUUAUUAGAAUAUUCAUUUUAUUGGUCUUAUCAUAAUUAAGGUAAAAAUAAUGAAGUGUUUUUUUUGGAUGUGAAAUCGAGAAAUGAAUUAAAAUUAGAUAUGAAUUAAAUAAACUUAUAAUUUUAACAAAGUUCAAUAAAAAUUCAAUAAAUAUCAUUAGAUGGUUUAAAAUAAAUAAUAUUGGAUAUUUAAUUUAUUUUUGAUCUUUUUAAUCGUUUCAUAGGAUAGUUGCAAUAGAAUGAUUAAUUUUUAAAAAAAUUAGUGACAUUAUAUUGUAAAGAGAAGAAAUGUGAAUAACCAUAGAUGUAAAGUUAAUCUUUUGAUGAAUAUUUUGCCUAAAAUUUUUAAUAAGAUAUGAUACAAGCAAAAAGUUUAAUCGAAUAACAAAGAAAGAGUAUUGUGACAUGA